AUGACAAUGACGACAGCAAGUGCUAUAUCGAUUCGUGUGCGGGGUGCCGGCGUUACAUCGGUAAACGGCAUCUACAAAGCCAAGCCAUAUUCUAGAGUUCCUGCUGGAUUUGCCAAGACAUGCGACAAAAUGGGUUGGCCCAGUGAAGCAACUUGGAUAAAACUGGCAGUUCCCUCCAUCGACUGGUACGAAGCCGACAAUGGAUCUUACAUCUACCUGCACAAGGAAGGACAAUGGUGGAUCGACGAUCCAUCUGGUGCUGGUGUCUACAUUGCCAACAACAAUAACAACAACAACAUGAACGCAAACAAGCCUUUGCCACUGAAUCCAUCUUCAGAUUGGAGGCCAUUGGGACAAGGAACACUUCCGUUGCCCUCUAUUGAGUUGGUCGACGGAAAGGAACUGUAA